GACAAAAAUCGACUUUUAUAUCCUACGAUGAUUUGUUAAUUAUUUUUUAUAGAGGUUCAACAAUAAAUUCCCAGUAAUUCAUCUUUAAAAAUUUAACAAAAACAAAGGACAGCACAGUCAUACAAAAUGUCCUUAAAACCCAAGAAAGUAGAUUUUAAUGAAAUCUGGACUGACUUGAAAAGUACUGCGGAGGCUGUAGUCAAAUUGGACAAAGUGCAAAAAAAUGUUUGGAACACUAGUUUUACAAAUGUUUAUAACCUUUGUGUGGCUCAUCCGGAACCCUUUGCCGAUCUCCUGUAUGAGGAGACAAAACAAUUUCUAAGAGCCCACGUAGAAAAUAUGAUGGUAACACGAGUAAACCCUCCUGGUUCUGAUGCAAAUGAGGGUGAUCAGCCCGAUCUGAUCAAAAGAUACUAUGAUGCAUGGACAGAGUACAGCAGAGGUAUUAAGGAUCUACAUAGCUUGUAUUCGUAUUUAAAUCAGCAGCAUAUCAAGAAACAAAAAAUUUCCGAUGCUGAUGUUGUCUACGGUAACUUAACCACCGAGACCUACGAGCAAAUGGAGAUAGGCGAGUUGGGUCUUGAUAUAUGGCGUACGAAAAUGAUUGAACCGUUGAACGACGAACUGGUGAAGUAUAUUUUGAAGGACAUCAAAGCAGAUCGUAUGGGCAACCCACCCCUAGAUGAAGAACGUGUCAAAAUCAUCAGAGGUGUUAUGCACAGUUUUGUGGAUGUUCAAGCCUAUAAUAAGACUGGCUCUUUACAACUAUAUCAGUGGUGGUUUGAAUGUCCACUUUUGCUGGCUAGUGGGGAAUUUUAUGCCGCGGAAGCCACUGCUUUACUUCAACGGUGCACAGUAAGCAAGUACAUAGAGGAAGUCAUAAAGAUUUUGGAUGAUGAGAACAAAAGGGCUGAGAAAUUGCUGCACUCAAGCUCCUUGCCCAAGCUGCGUAAACAGUGUGAGGAAAAGUUCAUCAACGAAAGACUUGAAUUCCUGUACUCGGAAUGCAAGCAAAUGGUAUCCCAAGAAAACCUUAAAGAUCUGCGCAAUAUGUAUAUUAUCCUAAAACCCAUACCCGACCACCUGAAAGGCAUUCUCAUACAGACCUUUUUGGACCAUAUUAAGAAUGAGGGCUUGGAAACGAUUUCCACACUGAAGGGGGAAAAUAUUCACAUACAAUUUGUUGAGGACAUGCUGAAGGUCCAUCACAAAUAUACGCAACUAAUAGGCGAAGUCUUCGAAAAUGAUCCAUUGUUUUUGAGUGCAUUGGAUAAGGCAUGUGCUAGUGUUAUAAAUCGCCGACCAAGUGAUAAACUACCCUGCCGCAGUGCCGAAUAUGUGGCCAAGUACUGUGAUACCCUGCUCAAGAAGUCCAAAACUUCAGAGGCCGAAAUAGAUCAAAAGUUGACCAAUAAUAUAACCAUCUUCAAGUAUAUUGAAGAUAAGGAUGUCUAUCAGAAAUUCUAUAGUCGUUUGUUGGCAAAACGAUUAAUACAUGAACAAUCGCAAAGUAUGGAUGCCGAAGAGGCCAUGAUUAAUCGUUUAAAGCAAGCCUGUGGCUAUGAAUUCACCAACAAGCUACAUCGCAUGUUUACCGAUAUUUCCGUAUCAGCCGAUCUAAAUAACAAAUUCAAUAAUUAUCUGAAACAAGAAAGCAUCGACGUGGGCAUUAACUUAUCCAUAAAAGUGCUACAAGCCGGCGCCUGGCCGUUAGGACCCACACAGGUUGUUAUACCCUUUGCGGUACCCCAAGAAUUCGAAAAAGCUAUAAGAUCUUUUGAAAAAUUCUAUCACAAUUCAUUUAGCGGCCGAAAACUUACGUGGUUACACCACAUGUGUCAUGGUGAACUCAAACUGGGUUAUUUGAAGAAGACCUACAUAGUGACCAUGCAAACGUAUCAAAUGGCCAUGUUAUUACUUUUCGAAACCUGCGAUUCAAUGACCUGCAAAGAAAUCCAAACGACCCUACAACUUAAUGCGGAAACCUUCCAAAAACAUAUGCAAUCUCUGUUGGAGUCAAAGAUUUUGGUGGCUAGUAGUGAAAACCUAGAAGAUAAUACAAAAAUUGAAUUGAAUUUAGACUAUUCAAAUAAGCGCACCAAAUUUAAGAUAACCUCAGCCUUGCAAAAGGAAACACCUCAAGAGGUUGAGCACACAAUAAAUGCUGUGGAUGAAGAUCGUAAAUUAUACCUUCAGGCUGCUAUAGUUCGGAUAAUGAAAUCUCGUAAAGUUCUUAAACACAACGCUUUAAUACAGGAGAUACUUUCCCAAUCGAAUGUAAGUUUCACCCCUAGCAUCACAAUUAUCAAGAAGUGCAUUGAAUCAUUGAUUGAUAAGCAGUAUAUAGAGCGUACCCCUAAUUCGGGUGAUGAAUACAGUUAUGUAGCCUAAUUUGCUGUCCACCAGCAUAUCCAUAAUUGAUGAAUGGGUAGCAUCUGGCCACCGUAACCACCACCACCACAAGAUAAACCUUCCCAGCACAUGUUGUAACAAAGCAAAACAGAAUUUAAACAAAAAAAACAAUCUUCUCAAAUUUUCUUGUCUAUUUGGUUCAGCAACAACUAAGAUAAAAAGUUGCAAAGUUGUCGUAUGAUUGUUGUGCAUUGCAUUGCCUAUUUAGCAGUUGAAGCUCCCGCCUAUAAAACCAGUCGCGUUCAUAAUUUUUAUUUGUUUUUUUUUUUACUAUUCUUUGGCUGGUACAAAUUUGGUGGACUAUUUAUUUAGUGUUUUUUUUUUUGUU